AGUGAGACUCCAUCUCAAAAACAAAACAAAUAAACAAACGAACAAAAAAACCCACAACGUAUUAUUUUCUUGUUUACGAGGUUUCUUGUCUCUCUGGCUCCGCCAGAAGAGGAGCAGGGACCCUUCUUGCUGUUGUUCAUUGCUGCAUCCCCCACACCGAGAGCAGAGCCUGGCAUGGGCAGAAAGUCCUCAGUCAAUAUUUGGUGGCCCCAAGCGAAUGAAGCAUCCAAGAAGGGAAAGCUGGGGGCUCCCCACUGCACUUGCCACCUGAGUCACAUUUUCAGAAGCCUCUGGAAAGUGUGAGAGUCUGUAUGAGUGAGAGUGAGACAGGGCCAAGGCUGGGGGCGGCGGGGACCGGAAGAAGAGGAGGGUGAGUGGGGGAAGGGGUGGGGCUGAACCCCAGCUCUAAAGGCGGCCCACGGGUGCCUGUCCGCAGCGUGCACAGCCCAGGAGUGUUGAGCAAUUUCGGUUUCCUCUGAGGUUGAAGGACCCAGGCGUGUCAGCCCUGCUCCAGACACCUUGGGCAUGGAGGAGACUGUCGUACGGCCCUCAGUGUUUGUGGUGGAUGGACAGACCGACAUCCCAUUCACGAGGCUGGGACGAAGCCGCCGGAGACAGUCGUGCAGUUUGGCCCGGGUGGGUCUGAGUCUCCUGCUGUUGCUGAUGGGGGCCGGGCUGGCCGUCCAAGGCUGGUUCCUCCUGCGGCUGCACUGGCGUCUAGGAGAGAUGGUCACCCGCCUGCCUGACGGACAUGCAGGCUCCUGGGAGCAGCUGAUACAAGAGCGAAGGUCUCACGAGGUCAACCCAGCAGCGCAUCUCACAGGGGCCAACUCCAGCUUGACGGGCAGCGGGGGGCCGCUGCUAUGGGAGACUCAGCUGGGCCUGGCCUUCCUGAGGGGCCUCAGCUACCACGAUGGGGCCCUUGUGGCCACCAAAGCUGGCUACUACUACAUCUACUCCAAGGUGCAGCUGGGCGGUGUGGGCUGCCCGCUGGGCCUGGCCAGCACCAUCACCCACGGCCUCUACAAGCGCACACCCCGCUACCCCGAGGAGCUGGAGCUGUUGGUCAGCCAGCAGUCACCCUGCGGACGGGCCACCAGCAGCUCCCGCGUCUGGUGGGACAGCAGCUUCCUGGGUGGUGUGGUGCACCUGGAGGCUGGGGAGGAGGUGGUCGUCCGUGUGCUGGAUGAACGCCUGGUUCGACUGCGUGACGGUACCCGGUCUUACUUCGGGGCUUUCAUGGUGUGAAGGAGCGUGGUGCAUUGGACAUGGGUCUGACACGUGGAGAACUCAGAGGGUGCCUCAGGGGAAAGAAAACUCACGAAGCAGAGGCUGGGCGUGGUGGCUCUCGCCUGUAAUCCCAGCACUUUGGGAGGCCAAGGCAGGCGGAUCACCUGAGGUCAGGAGUUGGAGACCAGCCUGCCUAACAUGGCAAAACCCCAUCUCUACUAAAAAUACAAAAAUUAGCCGGACGUGGUGGUGCCUGCCUGUAAUCCCAGCUACUCAGGAGGCUGAGGCAGGAGAAUUUUGCUUAAACCCGGGAGGCGGAGGUUGCAGUGAGCCGAGAUCACACCACUGCACUCCAACCUGGGAAACGGAGUGAGACUUUGCCUCAAAAAAAAGAAAGGAAGAAAAAAGAAAACUCAGGAAACACAUCUUGGGGGACACUCCAGGGAACCCAAAACUCAAAGGCGGAGAGCUCAGUGGGCACCACCAAGGACCAAGAACUCAGGCAUCUCGAGGGGCUGAAGCCCCAGCAGGCACCUUCAGAAGACCCACGUAGACUGCAGACCCUGCCACGGACAAUACUAAGGACAGAAACCCAGAGACUUGGGGUCUGUGGGCCCCCAAACAUUGGGUAAAGUUGAUUUGCCUGAUAUUCAGGAAGAAGGGGUGAGGGGUGGGUAUUUAUGCUUUUGAUUGAGAAGAAAGUGGGACUUGGGAUUCCAGGAACUUGGCUGGGGGUGGGAAACUUCAUCCACUUCCCUACUCUCAUCAUGAGUAUGGACAGGGUGGGCGGGAGACUGAUCAUCGGGACUCAUCAUGAAGAGCCCAGCCCCACCCCACCUACAGUCAGAGUCACAUACUCAGAUCCCACCCACAGGCUGGUGGCCACACCUCAGCCUGGUCACAAAGAGUUACACUCAGAUACAUGAGCACGGCAGUGUGCUCAUAACUGUUUAACAACCAGCUGUCCUGGGAGGGGGACAGCUUUGUAAUGUUUGCCAAUUUCCAUGGUGUAAAUGCUACCACCAUGGCUGAUUUCAUCACUGCCAAGCAUAGACAUCCCUAAUAGGACACCACGGAUCUGUCCCCGGCAUCCAGCCCAGGGCCUGGCACAAAGCAUGCUCUAGGGAAAUGCUUGCUGAUUGAAAGGAAGGAAGAAAGAAUGACUAUACAGUCACACCUAUGGCAUCCCACAAAAUCUGUCACAUGGCUGCAUAAUCUCAGCCACUCUUUCACAACUAUAGACUCAUACACGCGAAGUGCCAGAUUCAUGCACAACCGCACAAUCACAUGGAAGUCACAGACGGCAUCACAGACAGUCACAGCACUGUGUGUAUGUUAUAACACAAGCACACAGAACUCAGCAUCCCAGCUACACAGCCACUCCCAGAGGUGUCACCGUCACACUUGGUAAUUAAUACUCAUUACAUUAGACACAGACAGACCAAGUUAUAGUCAGACCUGGUUACACACACACACACACAAUAUCACAAUGACAAAUAUACAACAUCACACACACACAACAUCACAAUGACACACACAUCACACACACAACAUCACGAUGACAAACACACAUUACACACACAUCACAAUGACAAACACACAACAUUACACACACACAACAUCACAAUGACACACACAUCACACACACAUCACAAUGACAAACACACAUUACACACAUAUACACACAGCCUGAGGGCCCUCCCCAGCCCAGACUAACACAUCUCGGGGUGAGGACCAGACCUUGUUCAUAACCCUGGGCCUCUUAACCACUGAUCUUUGAAAUAAAUGGCAAAUAGUUGUACCUGGAUCUGUCUAGUUCUUAGGGGAACAAACUGAAGAAGGGUGGAGAGGAAUUGUCAGGCCUAAAGAGCCCCACAGGGAAAGGGAGGAGUCGGAUGGGGGGCAACCAUCAGCAACAAGUGGUGGCUCCUAGAGGCAGAGGGAUGGAGGUAAUGACCCAUGGAGGUCAUUCUACAGACGAGGAACCUGGACCCAGUCGGCUCAAGUCCAUGCAGGAAAUGUGGGGGAAACCAGA